UUGUCAAAAAAAAACAACUCGACCCUAUAGAGAACUAGGGAACUACAGGCCUAUAUCGAAUCUACCUUUCAUAUCUAAAGUUCUGGAAAAAAGUAGUUUCAACUCAAUUAUGCUCCUUCCUCCAAAGGAAUGACAUCAAUGAAGAAUUCCAGUCUGGAUUUAGAGCAUGUCACAGUACAGAGACUGCUUUGAUCAGAGUUACAAAUGAUCUGCUAUUGGCGUCUGACCGAGGUUGUAUCUCGUUAUUGGUGCUGCUAGACCUUAGUGCUGCAUUCGAUACCAUUGACCACAGCACACUCCUACAUAGACUCGAAAAUUAUGUCGGCAUUAAGGGAAUAGCUUUGAAAUGGUUUAAAUCUUAUUUAUCCGACCGUUUUCAAUUUGUAGCAAUAAACAAUGAGGUGUCACGCAAAUCGCAAGUCCAGUACGGUGUACCACAGGGCUCAGUCUUAGGGCCUCUGCUCUUCGCAUUAUACAUGCUACCUCUAGGAGAUAUAAUAAAGCGACACGGAGUUAGCUUUCACUGUUAUGCUGAUGAUACUCAACUUUAUAUUUCCUCGAAGCCUCAUGAAACACAGCAGUUCCAUCGAAUAAUGGAAUGCAUAGUCGAUAUAAAAAACUGGAUGAGUAACAACUUUUUAUUACUGAACUCGGACAAAACGGAAGUGUUACUUAUUGGACCGAAAACUGCUAUAAGUAACAACCAAGAAUACUGUUUAACUAUUGACGGAUGUUCCAUAAAACCCUCGUCGUCAGCAAAGAAUCUUGGCGUUCUAUUCGAUAGUAAUCUGUCAUUUGAGAGCCACGUCGCCAACACCUGUAAAAUUGCGUUUUUCCAUUUUAAGAAUAUAUCUAAACUACGUCAUAUGCUGUCAAUCUCAGAUGCAGAGAAGUUAAUUCAUGCAUUCAUGACAUCAAGACUAGACUACUGUAAUGCACUGUUAGGUGGUUGCCCUGCAGGCUUAUUACAAAAACUCCAAUUGGUCCAAAACGCGGCAGCUCGAGUUCUUACACGUACAAAAAAGUAUGAACAUAUUAGCCCGGUUCUGUCAACCUUGCACUGGUUACCUAUAAAGCAUCGCGUUAACUUUAAAAUCUUGCUUAUUACCUAUAAAGCCUUACAUGGUUUAGCUCCUCAGUACUUGAAUGAACUCCUUUUGUAUUACAGUCCUUCACGUGCAUUACGCUCUCAGGCGUCCUGUCAGUUGGUAAUACCUAGAAUUUCAAAAUCAAGUGCAGGUGGUAGAUCCUUUUCCUAUCUAGCGCUUAAACUUUGGAAUAGUCUUCCCUGCACUGUCCGGGAGGCAGACACACUCUGUCAGUUUAAAUCUAGACUAAAGACGCAUUUUUUUAAAUCUUGCAUACACUACACUUCCAUAAUAUAAAUCCUCUGAGGGUUUAGGCUGCAUUAGUUAGAUCAAUCGGAACCAGCAACAUAACUGAUGUACUUGUUGCAUCAAAGAGUGCAGAACAGUACUCUACUCUCAGCCAGUCUUGUCUCAUUGUUCCAAGGUUACCACAGCGAGCAGGAUGCAGUUCAUGCCCAGACCUGAUGGUAGAGCAGAGAAUGGGAAGCGGCGACCUGACAAGAGCUGAGAUGAUAGAGCUGGAUAAAGAAGGACGCGCCUUGUUGUGCAAGCACUGCUUGUGCAGAGGCAGCAGCUUUUGCCAGAGGGGAACUGGAAUCCCCUGGUUGGGCCUGGGUUCUCCUGAGGUUUUUUUUCUCGAUUGGAGUUUCGGGUUCCUCGCCACCGUUUGCAUACUGUUUUGCACUAUUUGCCUUGCCGGGGGGGCUGCUUUAGAAUUUUAAAGUUUUACUUAAUUAAUAUUGCAUAUAGGAAUUUAUAGUCGGUUUAAUAUUUGAGCUGUGUUUCUCUCUCCUUUAUCUUAAAUGUGUGCUUUCACUGUGUGUGCGUGUCUGUCUGUGUGUGUGUGUGUGUGUGUGUGUGUGCGUGCGUGCGUGCGUGCAUAUUGUGUGUGUGGAGUGUUUUGUAUGUGUCUUCUGUGUUUUCACAUUUUUCUUGUUUUUACAGGUAUAACUUUAAUUGUUUUGCUUAUAGUCAAUAUGUCUUAUGUACAGCUGCUUUGUAACAAUGAAAAUAGUAAAAAGCGCUAUAUAAAUAAAGUUGAGUUGAGUUAAUGAUAAUGUGAUUAAUGGAUUAAAAC